AGUUGAAACAAGAGCCAAGAAAAGAGAAACAUCUCUCAGCCUCACUACUGCUGAGCAGAGCAGAGUCCCAUGUCCAAGAACUGGCAUACAACGUAAGAAGCGAAGGGCCUCAACCCAAAACCUCACCUGCCUUCGCCACACAACCCUUUUCUGCCAACGAAAGAAAACCGCCCAUCCAAGCAGACCUUGGAGCUGCACAUGGGAUGACCAUCAAAGACCUCAACAAGCGGUCUAAAAACAUCAGCAAGUUCAAGCCGAACUCCACAGAGGGCCACGACAUCCAGGCCUACCUGCAAGAUUUAGAGUUUCAUCUAGAAAUGAGACCUCAUGUGACUGACAGAGACAGGUUAUACCUCCUAAGAGCCACGACAAGUCCUGAGGUACGAAACUUCCUAGAUCGACAGCCCAGUCAAACAAAGUCAAGCUACCAGCUACUUCGUGAGGUCCUGAUUAAAGAGUUUACAGACCCUGAGUCUGAACAUGGACUGUUAACUGCCUUGGAGAUCAAACAAGGUCGACAAGAGACUCCACAAGCCUACUACAACCGACUCCGACAAGCCUACUUUUGUGCACACAACAAACCUAACCUUGAAGAGGAUGUGAACUUCAAAAGCUUCUUCCUAAGAAAUCUGCACCCUGGAGUCAGCCACCAUCUUGGCGUCAUGGCCUGUCCGCGCUCCAUGACCAUCCAACAGUUGCGUGACCUAACACAGAAGGCCUACAACAAGCAGAAGAUGGCCUCAAAGAAAGGUAACAAAACAUCCACACUCUUGAACUCCAUCACCAAGGACUCAAGCCUUACACUGGACGACACCCAGUGGCAUCAUGACAGCAGAGUCCUCCAUCAAGAGCACAGAGAACGUGACCCCCAUGUCCACAACAGCUAUCAGCUCUACCGCUGGAAAAAUCCAUGGGACCAGCCAUGCUUCUCGAGAAACCCAAAAAUCUAA